AUGAUUGCGUUACAAAAUCGGCCUAUCUUGCCGCCCGCCAAAGUGGAUAUCUCACUACUACUCAAGCCCCAAGAUGAGGAAGAAGCCCCGGGGAUUCAUCCCACGCCUCUCUAUCCCCCUCGGACGGGCUUCUCAAUCCCUCCACCAGUCCCCGCGGCGCCAAUCUUGACAACCGCUCCACCAAUCUUGACAGGCCCGCCGGCUGUGGCUCCAUCAUUGAUCAAAUCCGCUCCAGGUCUUCCGGCAAAGCGUCUACAACCAGCUCAUACCGCCGAGUCACCCGCUAAAAAGCAAUCUAAGUGGUCGCCCGAGGAGGAUGCGCUGAUCAUCGAGCUGCGGGGCAGUGGGAUGAAGUGGGAGGAUAUCAGCAAACGGUUGCCAGGUCGCAGUGCGAUCAGUUGUCGUCUUCACUAUCAGAAUUAUCUGGAACGUCGCAGUGAGUGGGAUGAAGAUAAGAAGAACAAAUUGGCUCGAUUAUAUGAACGGUUCAAAGCAGAGAUGUGGUCCAAGGUCGCCGAAGAAAUGGCUAUCCCAUGGCGGGCCGCAGAGGCCAUGCACUGGCAAUUGGGAGAGCAAGAGAUGGCUCGCCGCGCAGGCGUGGUACCUUUCUCACUAUCAAGCACCGCCAUCGAUCCACCUACCACUCGAACCCGUCGUGCCAGUACCUCUCUAGCUCGUCCUCGAAAGAGCUCUACCUCACGCGCUAUCCCAGGCCAUUUGCCCGGCCUUCCACCACAAUUACCCUCCCUCGAAGAGUUGACAGCCGGUGUCCCCGCGUACGCACCACCUGCCCCGCCUCCGCCACGAGAAUUCUAUGGCCUUGGACGGCCUCCCGAUAUGGGAAUUCCCCCGCCGGGUCUGAUGGGCCCGGGCCCGCAUAUGGGGAUGCCUCCGCGAACUUUGCCCUAA